GUUUGCACAGCAAAUCGAUAAAUGGCUUUCAACCCGAAGAGACGCAGAAUGGAGGAGGACAAUCGAGUUCCCACAGAUCCGUCCAACAAGGAUAUUUACAACCUCUUGCUGAAGAUAAACACAAAGUUGAACGAAAUUCAAAACCAGAAUACGGAACAGAAGCUCAGAAAUAAAGGACUUGAUUUUGUCAAAAAUAGUAUGCCAUUGAAAAAUCAACAAGAAAUGGAACACUUCAAUGAGAGCCUCAAAAGCAAACAAAUUACGCAAGCCUUUAGAGACUGGGCAAAAACCGCAAAAGUGUCUGAUAUAUUGUCCGAUGAAUUAAUUCCGGACUUGAACUAUUCAGGCAAAUUUGGCAAGUUGUCCUUGUCUGGACAAAAAUUCUUCGAUAUUUGGAAAAGAGAGACCAUUUUGGACAAUUUUGAGGCGAAGCUCAAAAGUGAAAUAUAUCGCGUGAAAAAUAAAUUAAAUCAGCGGAAAAUUCAAAAAAAAAAGAAGCAGAUUCGUCAUCGUCAAGACGCCAACGAAAAAAUAAAGUAUGAAGAAAAUGCAUCAGCAAAUCCAGAAUUAGCCGACUUUUUUAACGAAGUAUCCGAAUCGUCAAGUUCAUGUGAAACAUCCGAUACAUCCGAUACAUCCGAUUCAGAGCCAGGCGAUCCACACACGAGCCACAUGAGUAAAUGAGAUAAUUCGUACAAGUUCCUUUUUAAAAAAGUUUAGAAAGACUGGAUACACUCUGCGACAAAAUUUAGGUUUUUGUGGGUGUCUUUGACGAGGGUGCCAAAACUUGU